CAACAAUCGGGCUGUGCCUCGCUGCCUGUUCAACAUAAUGAGGUGGCAUAACGCUUUUGCUGACGUUGUUCAGCUUCUCAAUCACUCAUGCACCAACCUUCAUCAUGUACCUUUUCGCAUCUUUCCUUCAGAUUGGGGUCGUUCACGCUUUCGUUCUUCCACCACGGACACCGGAUGAACGCCAGCAGAAUGUUCUUGCCGAAGCUGGCUCUGAUACUGGAAGAUUCUCAAUACCGGUAAAGUCUCUUGACGGGCUCUUUCACACCAUCGAUGUCGCCGUUGGCACCCCUCCACAGCAUUUCAAUGUGUCUUUGGAUCUCAUGAAUGGCGGCAUGUUGCUCCCUUCUAUCAACUGUGACUCGUCAUGCACCACAAAAGGCACUAGACGCCUCUACGACAGGUCCGCCUCCUCCACCUCGGAGUCCAAAUGCACGGUAACAUGGCAGGACUUCUUCGGCCACAAUUACUUUGGCGAUCUGGUCCGCGAUACAGUGCACUUUAGCGGUCUAAAAUUCCCGGGGGUGGCUUUCCUGGAAUACGAUUGGCGUUCCGACGGCUCACCCUUCAAAUUUCCAGAUGACGGCUUCGAUGGCAUGAUAGGUCUGGCUCCCCCAUGGGAUUCCCUGAAUAGUUAUCGUCGAACGGAAUAUUCCAGCUUUCUUUCUAAGUUGUAUUCCGAGCCACUGCUCGAUGAAAUGAUCUUCUCACUCGCGCUACCGCGUGGCUUAGAGGACGAGGGCGAAAUCAUGUUUGGCGGGACGAAUUCCGGCCUUUACAGUGGCGAGUUCAGCACCGUCGAUGUCGUUGAAUUGGACUCGGGCCUCUCUUCGUCGAAUGUACCUUGGGUGCUUCCAUCCAGCAACAUCACGCUGCACACGCCAACUCCUUACCCCGUCCCGCUACCCGUCGACUCCGUCGCCGUUCUGACGAGCAAUCCCUUCAUUGUCUUCCCCAAAUCCCUGCAAGUGGAGGAUUUCUACAAUGUGAUCGGCGCGGAAUGGAUCAAUGAGCUCUGGGCCUCGGUGCCAUGCGACCGUCGUCCACAUUUACCAGACCUGACAUUCGAGAUUGGCGGCCACGAGCUCACCAUCUCCGGCUUCGAUUAUACGUUUGAGCAUCGCUUAGAUGGACCGGAUAAGAAGCCUGCGUGCCUGUUGUGGAUCAUGGAUCAUGACGACACGGGUCUACCGGAUAAUGCGAUCGCUUUGGGCCCGCAUUUCUUGAAGCGGUUUUAUACGGUGUUCGAUUUUGGAGAGAGGAGGGUGCGGUUCGCAGAGAGGAAAUGAGCGACCAUGUGUGUGAACUGUAUAGAUCGCCAGACUUUUGAAAGAUAAGUUAGUAAAUGUGCCAGCCUUGGCCAAUACAGGGAGCGAUGGUCUGUGAAGUUGAAGCGGAGCGGA